AGUGCCAAGGAUAGCACAAGGGUUACCAGAGGAACUGAACAACUUCUACGCAUGGUUUGAUGUUUACAGCACCAUCCAGGCACAGAUGCUGCUGCUGUGAUCCAGCAACACAGCAUUACAGCCAUCAACCGCAAAGCGGCUGGCCCGGACAACAUCCCUGGACAGGCUCUGAAAGACUGCAUGGAGCAAUUGAAAGAUUUAUUCAGCGAGAUCUUUAACACAUCACUCAGACAGGAAUUUAUACCCACCUGUCUUUAAACUGCUGUCAUUACUCCAGUCCCAAAGAUGUCUGAUCCAAACGUAUUUUGCCCCGUGGCCUUCACACCCAUUGUGACCAAAUGUCUUGUGCGCUUGGUUCUGAAGCACAUCAAGAAGAGUCUUCCAAUAAAUAUGGACCCUUUACAACUUGCAUCUUCAGUAAAUAGAUUUACUGAAGAUGCCAUCUCCACUGCUCUCCACCUGAUCCUGUCACAUCUGGAGAGGAAAAACACCUAUGCUAGAGUCCUCUUCAUCGACUUCAGCUCGGCUUUUAACACCAUCAUUCCACAGCAACUGGUGGAGAAGCUGAAGGCAAUCUGCAAUUGGAUGCUGAGUUUACUGACAGACGGGCUGCAGACAGUCAAGAUCAACACACACAUCAAGGCCCAUGUCAUCGAGCACAGGCACACCACAAGGGUGUGUCCUGAGCCCACUGCUGUUCAGUCUGCUCACGCAUGACUGCACAGCUAGGUACAGCACCAACCACAUUGUCAAAUUUACGGACGGCACAACAGUAAUUGGUCUCAUAAACGACAAUGAUGAGUCUGCUUACAGAAUGGAGGUGGGGCAGCUAGCAGUGUGGUGUGAAUGACAUAAUCUCCAGAUCAAUGGUGAUCGACUUCAGGGCAUCUGGCAAUUACCACAACACACAUCCGACCAUAAAUGGUGUUGCUGUGGAGAAGUUCCUGGGGGUGCAUCUCACUCCAACUCCACUCCUCCAACUCCAAAAUGACCACCAGAAAAGCACAAAAGCCUCCAUCCCCUCCAGAGACUCAAGAAGGCAGGAAUUCCAACACCUCGCCUCAUCACCUUCUACAACGGCACCAAUGAAAACGUGUUGACACAGAGCCUUACAUGCUGGUUUGGCAGCUGCAAGGUUCAGGACCAACAACCGGUCAGCGAGAUUGUUGGAGCCCAUACCACCAUACGCAGAGUAAGCUUCCUCAUUAGGGACCCUCCGCUUCUCUGUCAUGGGGUGUUCUUCCUUAUGCCAUCUGGGAAAAGGUUCAAGAGUAUCAGCAGCAGAUCCAGCGGGAUAGUAAAAUCUUCUUUUCACAAGCAGUGAGACUGCUACAUAGACUGUCCUCCUCCUGCAUACAUGCUCUCACAAACUCCACACCGCAAUCAGACCCAAUAAACUACCCCCACCCUCUGCACCACCCAAAGACACAAUAUAUACUGCUGCUAAAUGCAGAUACUAACUUUAAGGAUUGAAUGCUGGUUUCUAUUUUUUUGACAUUUUAUUUUAGUUGAUUGCUAUUUUAUUCUAUUUUAUUGCUAUAUUUUCUUUUGCACUGUCAUAUUAGUGAGGAAAAACAUCUGGUCUCACCUGUGUAUUCCUCUGCAAAUACUAUGAGUGAAAUAAAUGACAAUACAUUAAUCUGGAAUUCAAGCAUUCAAGGAUUUUAUUUGGUAUUAUUUAACCACAGGGUGAAUUCAAAUUUGUUGAUCUGGUCCCAGCCAAUUAAAGUGGAAAUAUGCCAAGUAGAAAACAACAAGAAAUGUAUAUAUAAAUCCCUUACAUCGGUAACAUGAGUACAGAUCCUAUCGAAUAUUGGAUAAAUGUAGUAUUGUGGCACUUUACUGGGACUUUCACAAAAAGAUGCAAGAACAGAAAUCAACAAUUAAACCACAGCAGGAAAAUGACAUGUUAAUAAAAAAACAAUGCAACUUGGUAAGAAGAAAAACAAUUGAUAAGAUGCCAAACAAGAGCUUUAAACUCAGGGUGAAAUGAACUAGUGUUGACUUAUCAAACACAAACUCACAGCUGGUUCCUGGAUACUUCCUUCCUUCCUGGUCCAGGAAAUACCAGGAACAAGGACUUUGAGCUAAGAAAAGUAGAGGAGAAGAAAGUCAUCUGAGAAAAGAGCUCUGCGAGGUUCACACUCGGAAAUCCCAAAAUGCCAGGUUCCGCACAGCGACUCCAAAGUAAUCAGGAUGUUUGAAAUGAUGAAGAACUCUGAUUUCCUGGCUCCUCACAGCAGGAGUUGAUAUCAAAACAGAGCAGACGAACGGUCCAAUUCUUCAGUGAAAAGGAUUGGAGUUUUGGAAAAGUGAGGAUGGGGGGAGUCAGUGAGGGAGAUGAUGUGUUGGCACGAUGGAGUGAUGGACUCCUGUACCUCGGAAACGUGAAAAGAGUGGAUGGAGUCAAGCAGUGCUGUCUGGUGAGGUUUGAGGACAACUCUGAGUUCUGGGUGCUCAGGAAGGACAUCCACUCCUUCGCUGCCGGAGGGGAAGAAGUUUGCUGCGUUUGUGAUGCCCCGCCUCUCAAAGAACCGCUCAUAAAUUGUCUUAAAUGCCGCCACGGUUAUCAUCUGGAGUGCCACACGCCAACCAUCGAGCCGGAAGCUGACAGCGAUUCUUGGAUAUGUCGGCAGUGUGUCUUUGCAGUCGCAACCAAGAGAGGCGGGGCCCUCAAGCGUGGACGCUUCGCCCGGCUCAUGCAGUUCAUGAAGCUGCGGCUCCCGUACCAGCUGUCGUCUCUGGACUGGGACCCGCAGCAUCUGACCAACCAGCAGCAGUGUUACUGCUAUUGUGCCGGACCCGGAGAGUGGAACCUGAAAAUGGUGCAGUGUGGCAGCUGUGGUCAGUGGUUCCAUGAGGCGUGCACACAGUGCCUAACCAAGCCGCUGCUGUACGGGGACAGGUUUUAUCAGUUCCAGUGUUCAGUAUGUACGAAGGGACCAGAGACGAUCCAAAGACUUCCCAUGACCUGGGUGGAUUUGGCUCAUUUAGUGCUCUACCAUCUCUCACUGUGCUGCAAGAGGAAAUACUUUGAUUUUGACCACGAGAUCCUGUCCUUCACCAAUGAGAAUUGGGACUCGUUGCUUCUCGGCGCGCUGUCUGACACACCAAGACAGGACCGUUUCCACAAUCUGCUUAACGCUCUCAACUCCCACAAGGACAGGUUUGUCUCUGGAAAAGAGAUCAAGAAGAAAAAGUGUCUUUUCGGGCUGCAGGUCCGAGCCCCACCUCCGCUGACAUCGGAUACGUCGCCCCUCAUUACAGACCCGCCUGUCAGUAUCACGCAUCGGAAAAGCCCAUUGUCACUACCCUGCCAAAGAAGAGUGGGGGGGCCGGAGUCUCGUAAAUCAAAGCGUCGCGUGAUGGAGACGCAGGCCUGUCCACCUCCUGUUCCUGCCAACUCCAUUGAGCUACUGCCAUGUUGCCAUGGCUACAUGGGAGGGGCCAACCUUUACAACUCCAGGAUAUCAGAGGAAGACCUCAACGGAAGCCCUUCUCCGAAGCGGAUGUACGCUCUGUACCACACCGCUUACAGUGGAAAUACUGCACUUCCCACCAACUUCCAUCACUACAACAGUUUGGAGGACAACUGCCGUUUACCCCCCUCCUGUUUGUCCUACCCCCUCAACUCCGAUGGCAACCACCACCACCACCACCAGCAGCAGCAGCACUACCACAGCCACCAACACCAGCCGGGGCAGAAGCCUCUGGAGCCCCUCAUUUUACGGGACCCGCCUCCUUGUCAGGCUGGUGCGGGAGGAGCAGGAGGAGGUGGAGUUGGGAUGGGACUGGAUGGAGGGGAUGGGACUGUUGGCAGAAGCUGGGGAGGGGGGGAGGCGGUGAGGAUCUUGGCAAAACGCAUCACACCAGAUGGGAAGGUACAGUACCUGGUGGAAUGGGAGAACAUGAGUUUGUACUGAAACGGAACACACGGCGAGGGUUUUGGCUUUGCCACAGGACCGCGGUGUACAAACCCAAACAUACAAACCCGUUACAGAUCCAGGUUUCUCUCACGAAACACCUCUACAUUAUUGUUCCUAUCACUGGUCCAACUAAAUGUCCCUCUUUGCUGGUGUUUCUCUGAUAUUUGUACUGUUAACUUUGGAAUAUGCCUUUGCAUUUAUCUUAUUUGACAUUUAUGAGGAAACUGUUUGGACCUCCCGAUGGUUUGUUUUGGGGGUGAAAAUUUAUACAAACGCUCCUGCAUAUUUGAUAGUCAUGAACCAGCUUUAGUUAUUAAAGUUCAGCUUUAAAGCAGCUUUAUGGGGAAUAGUUUUUUCAGCUGUUGCCAAAAUUGGCAAUGGAUUUCAUAUAAAGGCGUCAUGACUAUUGCAAUCAAAAAAAAAAAAAAAAACUUCAAUGAACUUCAUUUACAGCUCACUGUAGAACUUUCUCUUCUUUAUAUUCGGUUAAGCUGCAUCACGGGAGAAAUGUUACAAAAUAUGCCAGAGAUUUGAUGGCAGUUUUGUGGUAAAGCACAUGCAGACGUGUCUGCACAACAUUGUGGGAGGGGGCUGCAUUUCUUUUUUUUUUUCUGUCUAUACUCCUUAUUUGAAAAUGGGAAAUUUUGUAGUCUGUGACAAAUUUUGCAUCUUGUCUCCUUUUGACUAUACAAUCUGAUUAAUGCUUUGUCCGAAUUCACUCACUACUUAGAGGACUGCAGGACAUUCACCAUUUUUUCAAGGUGUCUUCAACUACAAAGUUCAGUGCCCUGGAAAUUUCCUAGAAGUCUCCGUGAAAACCUAGUGUGCAUCGCUGCUAUUGACUGUAUCUGAGAACCAGUGGCGGACCGUGCAUUACACACCUGGGCCUUCCUUCAGUAGUGCUACGUCUGAAUCGCUCAGCCAUUCAUGAACCAUUUUACGAUGCAGAAACCAGCUUUGCAGUGCAGAUUGAACAUUUUUGUAGCCACAAUAAAAUCCUCUAAAUAAACUAACUAAACAAAAACAGUAAACAAGUCUAAUUAUGCAACUAGAGCCAGCUUUAGAGCCGAAAACAAAUUUGCACGGCUGCUUCAUGAUUCACUCCGAUUUUUCAGAUGAAGGAAGUCAAGGAGAUCAGUGGGAGAUCUUCCUGCUAAAUCAUCCAUGGAGGACAUUACAGUCAGCUCUGUUUUUAACUGAGACAGAUCAAAAAGUGCUCUGAUUGGUUGAACGAAAUAAACGGCCGAAAUUGAUUUUGCAUCACAGGACCUUUAGAACUCAUCGUGAAGGCCUCUUUAGCUCUGACCGUGCCUGGCAACAAAGGACAGAUGAAAUGCGAUUGGUGAAAUUCUCCAAUGUGAAAACACGUCUGUCUGGAAGCAGCAUAACCAUCAUAAACACAACAAAAGGGAAUGGACAGAACAUUUAGAAUGAUUAAAUGAGUAUGCAUGGACAAAAUAUAAUUAACACAUGAUUCAGAUAUUUUCAAGCCUUUCAGAGAAGGGCUUGAAGGCCCUGACAGGCCACCACUGCUGAGAACUGGAUCGAGUGAUUGUGAUGUCAGCCACAAAAAAUGGUUUACUUCCGGCUCCAGCGAAAUGAAGCCAAUUUAGUCACCAUUUUUUCCGCAAUACGGACGUUGCCAUGUUGGAGCCAGAUGACGACUGUAAGCAGCGAUUGGUCCGAAUCAAUGUUUCUAUGGCAAUCACUCUCACCAAUCAGGAGUGAACUUGGUGGAAGGCCACACCCCUACCACUUGUCUGUCAAACAGUUUGAACGUUGGUUGUGAGGUCCUACAGGCACCACCGACUUCUAUUGAGGUAUCUGAUUGGUCAUUUUAGAACUUGAAUAACUUGAACUACAGAACAAAUAUUAUGAAAUAAACGAAGAUUAUCAAGAAGACGUAAAAAAAAAAAAGGCAUCAGAGCAAAAAUGGUUUUCUAGGGGUCCAGGAGAUUUAUGAAACACGCUGGCACUUCUGGGAGGAAGACUCAGUCCAGUUCUCAUAUACAGUCAAUGAUUUAUGCCACUUGAUUCGUGCACAAAGCAUUGCGUUUGAACGAUUUGUCAUAAAAAAAUAAGAAUAUGUUUAUUUUUUUUAUAAAUCAUACAAGUUUUCAUCAUGAGAACAGAGUGGAACCAUAAAUAUUUCUCAUAAAAUGUUCACAUUUUUAGGUUUUUACUUCCGCAAAUGGCAUGUGUCCGAAUCACGUUAAAAUCUAGAGCACUGGAUAGAUCUGCACCAUACAUUAGGGGUCACAUGAUGAAGUAGUGAGGGUAUUCGGACGUAGCCAAAGACCAGAUUCUGUGGUGACAUUAGUAGACCUACGCAGACUUUUGCGGCACAUGGAGGGGGGUGGGGGGUUACAGCUGUUCCGUCAGAAAAACCUAACACAAAAAAAGCACGACAGAAAGAAAAGUGCUCUUCUUUCAUCUUUCUAAAAAGGUUAUGACUUUGGUUCCACAAGCCACAAAUUAUCCGGAGGUUUUAUGUUUUCCCAUUAGUGUAUAUUAAUAUGAAGUUGUACACUAAGGUUAUUUAUUUGUUCUAUUUUGUUGCACAUUUAGGUUGUCUUAGUAAUAGGAGCCACGGAUGGCUUUUGUUUUGUAGAUAGAAGUGUAUAAUGAAUAUAUUGCUACAAUAGAAUAUCUUUAUUUUUGCUUAUUCAUUUAACAUGGUUGCACAGUGCCUAAAUGAGUUCUAUCACGGCUGAUUGGUCAAUUGCAUUAAAUCGACCAAUCAGGUGACUCAAGUCUUUUUAAAGUGGGGUUUGGCUGAGCUGCAACAGCUUGUGAGCAGUUUGAGAGAGAAAACUGACAGAAAUUAUGUAAAACAGCCAAGUAAAAUGUACCUGGAGCUUGCAUCAAUUAGCCUACCUGGAUUUUAUCUUUUUUUUGUGUGUUUUUAAUAUCAGUUUAUUUGCAGUUUUAGGAAACUUUGACUCUUCGAGAUGUGAGAAACUUAUUUUUGUGUCCAUUAUUCACAUAACGGUUUCUUGAAAAAAGAUUGACUUUGAGUUUGUGCCAUUAUUGUGUGUUGCUGAUUCAGUGCAACUCCUUUCAGCACAUCUGUACUGGAUAUUUUGAGCCCUGGCCGUACUCAAAAUGUUCCUCUUUCCGCUCGUGCCUGUAGGUGGCACUGUUUGGUCCUUCUCCCAGCUGCAUUGCAAGUUGCCAAUGUCACAACUAUUUGUGUUUUGCGGUUUAAUCACAUCCAACUGAUACGCCACUCUAGUAGAAACCUUUGUUUUCCUUUUGUGUCUCGGUCUGUCUCAUUGAUCAUUUGUCAACCAGUCAGAUUGUGAUCUAUUGUCACAUGAUUGACGUCAUGGUCAGUCAUGUUACUCAGCUCAAUCAUUCUGUCUUGGGUCUAGGGAAACAGUGCUUAACACGCUUCUGGAAGCAGGCCAACUGUUCUAAGCCUGAGAACAGAACCAGGGGCAAAAUGUCCACUUUGAAAAGGCCUCAAGUUGAAACUCACCACAAGUUUCAUUUUUUUUGUUUUGUUUUUAGGAUUUUAGAUCAACAAGUCGAGAACUUUUGAGCAACAAUCACAGUGACGUUUUCCAAAGAUCUGCAGGGAUUCACAGUGUCCUUACGCGAGUUGAAUGACCGCUCUGGAGUUUGUGAAACUUAGACAGAAUUUCCUAAGAAGGGAAAGGGACAGAUGUCAUCUCAAUUUGUCACAAAGUUGUUGACCAAAUAAUGUUAAAAUUUGGUUUCUGGAAGCUGGCACAUCACAGCAGUAGUUGAGCACAUACUCGAUGUUUAACAUGUUCUGGAUAAUCCCCUUGUUUUCUUGAUAUUUUUUCUGCAGUGCAAGUUAUUCAAGCAGUUUACUGACCAAUCAGAAGACCUUGUGUGAUCCACUUUCAAGUAGUAGGGGUGUGAGCUUCCAACAACCUCACUCCUGAUUGGUGAGAGAGGUUGCCAUAGUAACUAUAAUUCAGACCGACUUGGACCAAUCACUGUUUACAACGUUUGGCUCUAACACGGCUAUUUCGUAAAAAAUGGCGACUGAAUUGGCUUUGUUCGGUUGGAGCCCGAAGUAAACGAUUUUCUUUGGAUGACAUCACACUCACUCAGUCCAGUUCUCGUAUAGGCUAUGUUCAAAUUUCCGCCCUAAGCCCUAACUACUAAAAAACUGUAUACAGUGGGACUAUCUUGUCCCCUGGAUUUUAAAAGCAAUUCGACACCAUGCUCAUUACUUUUUGUUUUUGUUUUUAAACGGCGAAUAUGACGUCAUCAUUUUCACAAAGUAAAAAUCUAAUUGCAACGACCAUUCAUGAAUCCCCGGAGUUCUGAAGAUAAACACGUUGAUGGUUUAUCAAAAUAAUACAUUUAAAUACAAUUUUUUCGCCAACAUUGUUCAAACGCAAUGCAUUGUGGUCUAUAUUUGCCAAUCUAUAGUGAGCAUUGAUGCACACUUGUUUUUUCGAAGAGACUUCUGGGAAAUUUCUUGGGUGCUGGAUUUUGGAAUUGUAGAUUAAGACACAACAUGGCAAACACACAACAUAGUGCACUAUGUAGUGACCAGUGAAGGAAUUCGGACACAACCAUGGAGUCAAUGGAUAGAACGUGAAGAACUGUUGUUGAAUGAUUGCGGCUUCUGGGAAAAUGUGUUGUACCAAACCGUGCAACUCAACAGAAGAAAUGAAAAACCAAAGCGGUGUUUUGGGAAAUGUAGGAUCUAUCCAGUGCCAAUGUAUCCAUGAUUGAUGUUCAGCCGACAGUCACAGAGCAGUUAGAUUGAACCAGAUCCAGAUUUGUAUCCAGUCGAAACAAAAAAAGGACCAAUCUUCAGUCUAAACGAUGUUUACAUUCCAGUCUUCAAAAUAAACUUGUGUCCAUAUUUUAGACCGCGACCAAACCAGCUUCAAGCAGUAGCAUGGUGUAAGUUUUGAUCUCUCAAACUGUUUGUAAGGCAUCCAGAAUGUAUGCAUGAGUCACAAACUGACUGUUAGUGUUUGUGGAAAAAGGAGUUUCAUUUCCCAUGAAGCUGAAAUACUGUGCAAACUUCAGAGUUUAUAUUUUAUACGAAAGUUUUUGUCUGUAAAGUGACCCAACUUGUACAUUGAAAUGUGAGGAUGAACAGCACAUGCAAAACUCCUUGUUUUUCUGCACUCCUCCUCUUCCUCCUCCUCAGUAGCUUGUUGACUGUGGUUUUCUCAGAUGGGUGUGGUGAACCUUCCAGGUGAUGCUGAUGAAUGUAUUUGUGUGUUUUCUCUGGUGUGUCCAUGCCUGUCACGUACUUGUUCUCGGCUGUGCUGUUGCUGGAGCUCAACCAUGUUAGCUUAAAUAGGCAUAGAAGGAAAGAAAGUAAGAAAGACGACAACAUCUAGGUCAUAUUUUCCUUUUCACAAAAUAGCUUGAUGUAUUUUUGGGGAGAAAUUCUGUUUGUACACGUAUGUUCUGCAUUGAUACACCUAUGUAACGAAAAAAAUAAUAAAAAGACGUUUCACCUUUUUUUCUUUAAUUUAAUCUAAUAAGUUGAGUUUUUGACGUUUAAUGGAAAUGUUUCUGAUUUACUCACAUUUUUCUUUGAAAAAUAAAUGUAUUCAAACUGUG